CUUCUGCCCGCUCUUGGCUAGGCCUCGCUGCUCCAGGGCGGCCUUCAGGUCGGUCACCCGCAGCGCCUGAAGAGGCUUCCCGUCCAGAGUCACCUCCUCCAGCUCCGCCAUCUUGCGUGAGGUACUCGGGUCCCGUCCCGACGGCUUCGGGCAUCUUCGGUAAUUUCCGCCAACGCCCUUUGAACGUACCCGGCUGACCCCGCCCACUGCCAUAGUGAACCCCUCGAUUACCACUCAGAACUCCCCGGGUUCCUCCGGAACUACUCGGCUGUUUUCGCCUCCACUUCGGCGCCAAUCGGCUCUUCCGCUCGCCCUCCCCGCCUCCCCUCCCUCCCCCGGCUCUCGGAGUUCGGCUAUCUUCGUCUCGCCGGGGCUUUGAACCGACUCUCUUCGGACACCUUCGACUCGGGCCCAAGCGGAGUCGGAGCUGCUCGGCUAUCUCCGGCCGUAGGGCUCCGGCGCUGGGGCGCUUGGGUGUUUGGGGCUGGCCCGCGAGCGGAAGUGCGUGGGCUGCCCAGCUGGCCUUGCUUAGGGUUUUCAGGAAAUAUGGAAGCGGCUGCGGCGGUCGUCGGAGUCGAAGGGCGCUUGUGACGGUCUCCGGGUGCCCUCUGGAAGGAGAGGGGGAGGAAUGCCACUGGAAUCAUCACCUUUGAUACGACAGCCCUUCCCUUCUCCCUUGCCCUCAGUGCCAGGCAAUAUUAUUAACUCUUCCCGUCCCCCAAUGUCUUACAUCACAUCCCAGGAGAUGAAGUGUAUUCUGCGCUGGUUUGCGAGUUGGUCAGGUCCCCAGCGUGAACGUUUCCUACAGGACCUAGUAGCUAAGGCAGUGCCAGGAAAAUUACAGCCACUACUAGAUGGUUUGGAGCAGCUUAGUAUGUCUGGGGCAAACCGACCACCCUGUAUCUUUGAGUGCCAGCUACGACUCUGGGAUCAGUGGUUUCGAGGUUGGGCGGAAGAGGAGCGCAAUGAAUUUGUCAGGCAGCUGGAGGUCAGUGAGCCGGACUUCGUGGCAAAAUUUUACCAAGCGGUGGCUGCUACCGCUGGUAAGGACUAAACAGUAUUAAAAUCAGAGAAGAGGACCACAGCCGACGUUGACACAACAGGAAGACCUCUUCAGAUGUGCCACGCAGACAUCUGGAGACGGUAAUCUGCUGGGCUGACUAAAUCCGCUGACAGCACAGGUGUGAUCAUUUUAACAGUCACACAUCAACUGGAUUCCUAAUAUACACGUUUUCCACCUAAGCAAAUUGAGGUCAUCAGUCUUUGCUACCUUCUUGCCAGGUGACGUCAAGUUUCCCAGCACCAAAACACCAUAACCCAAGCUUGGCCCACUGGGUCAUAAGGAGUAUAAACAGAGUCCUCCUUGUGUAACAAACUAGGUGACAUCCAGCUUUCCCAGUAAUGUAACAAAGUAUGGAAAAUCGGGAGCGGAAGGUAAUUAUGCAUUCCUUUAUUGGACCCACGUAGUAAUGACUUGUUUUCCAAAGCAUAUAUGAUAUCUUUGAAACUGGGAGCGGGUGUUUUUACUCUGCAACUUUGACCUACAAUAAUAGGAAAACAAGCGACACUCUUGACAGAUUGAAGAGUUUAUUUUUUUAUGCCACAAUAAACACAUUUUCAGAA